AUGAAGGCUUUAGUGCUCACCCUCCUCUUCCUCUUCUUUGCAUGCAGUGAAGCCAAAAUAUACACCAAAUGUGAACUGGCUUCAGUUCUGAAACAAAAUGGCAUGGAUGGAUAUUUUGGCUACAGCUUGGGUAACUGGAUCUGUCUUGCUUUUCAUGCGAGCAAGUACAACACCCACGUUGUGGAUGGGCCAAACAAGGAUAGCGGUAGCAACUAUGGGAUAUUCCAGAUAAACAGCCGCUAUUGGUGCAAAAGUAAACAGGGCCGUACAAAUAAUCGCUGUUAUAAGCCUUGCAGUGCUUUCUUAGAUGAUGACAUCACAGAUGAUAUUGCUUGUGCUAAGAAAAUUGUGCGUGGUCAUAAUAGGAUGAGUGCCUGGUGGCCCUGGAAGAACAACUGCAAAGGAACGAAUGUGUCAAAAUGGAGCAAAGGCUGCACCCUGUGA